GUCUAAUUUCUCCUAUCUCCUUCCUAGACGUUCCGUGUGGAGAACAUGUCCUUCAAGCAGGGUCAGGAGAUGACGUUCACAGGGAAGACCAAGUCUGGAGCCUCUAAUUUCUCCAUCAACAUCGGCCACGACAGUGACAACUACGCCCUCCACUUCAACCCUCGUUUCAGCCACGGACACAUUGUGUGUAACUCUCUGUCUGGAGGAACCUGGGGAGACGAACUCCAGGAAGGCCACUUCCCCUUCCAGGAUGGAGAGCAGUUCAAGCUUGGUCCUCAACUUACCAAUGAGCAGUUCUAACAUCAAGCUGCCAG